CUGCUGAAUGAGAAGAGGCAAAUAAGCGCUUGUCACGCAAAUCUGCGGGUCUGCCAUGGGUCUCCGGAGCCAAGCCGUCUGCUCCGUUCUGCUGCUGGUCCUGGCUCUGGUCGGGAUUCUGCUGGUGGUCCUUCCUACAAAGCAGAUGGAGACGCCUCCGGACAACAUGUAUGGCAUCGUUCUGGAUGCAGGGUCAUCUCACACCUCCAUGUACGUCUACAAAUGGCCGGCUGAUAAGCAAAAUGGAACAGGCAUCGUCACCCAGCACAGCGAGUGUGACGUAAAGGGUCCAGGGAUCUCCAGCUAUGCAGGCAAACAUGGUGGUGCAGCAAAGAGUCUGGAAGCCUGUCUGGACAAAGCCAAAGAAGUCAUUCCCAAAUCCCGACACCACCAAACUCCGCUCUGCUUGGGUGCCACUGCAGGAAUGAGACUCCUGGAGAUAGAGAACGCCUCAGAGUCUCAGAGAGUACUGAAGGAAGUGGAAAAGAAACUCCGGUCCUAUCCUUUCCUCUUUAAAGAGGCGACCAUCCUGAGUGGGCAGGCAGAGGGGACGUAUGGCUGGAUCACAGUCAACUACCUCCUGGACAACUUGGUCAAGUACGGUUUUGUAGGACGGUGGCUGAAUCCGGGCAGAGACACAAUCGGAGCUUUGGAUUUGGGUGGAGCUUCUACUCAGAUUACUUUUGUGACCCCUGAAAAGGUGGAGGCCAAAAGUAAUGAGAUGGUGCUGAAACUUUUUGGACAAACCUACAGACUCUACACCCAGAGCUUCCUGUGCUACGGCCAAGACCAGUUUCUCAGGAAGCUGUUGGCUCGUCUCAUCCAGGCUCAGGGUUUGGGGACCAAACAAAUAUCUCAUCCCUGCUUUCCCAGAAACUUCAGUACAUCUAUCAGGCUGGGGGAGGAUGUUUUUAACUCUCCGUGCACCGCAGCAUACAGACCAGCCCAGUUUGACCCUGACAUGGACGUGAUGGUGGUGGGAACAGGAGAUUAUCAGAAGUGUCUGGACAAUGUGAAGAUGAUGUUCUCCUUCAGCAACUGUUCCUACUCAAAGUGCUCCUUUAAUGGCGUCUUUCAGCCGAGCGUGACGGGAAAUUUCAUGGCCUUCUCUGCUUUCUAUUUCACUCAAACCUACAUCACCCUCCUCACCAACAUCACCAUCACAUCUCCUAAGAGAACAACGGAGGCAAUCCAGCUCAUCUGCAACAUGACCAUGUCUGAGUUGAUAGAAAAGACCAAACAGCCGGAGAAGUUCAUGAAGAAUGUCUGCGCCGUAUCUAAUUUUGUCCAGGUCCUCUUAAUUCAAGGCUACCGUUUCGAUGAGGUUUCCCUGCCAUCCAUCGCUUUCAAGAAAAAGGCGGGAGACGCCUCUGUAGGCUGGGCUUUGGGAUACAUGCUGAAUGUGACCAAUGCUGUGCCGGCGGAGAGUCUUGGAGUGAUGAAGGCGCUGCCAUUCGGAACCUGGACUGGCAUCCUCAUUCUCUUUAUCAUGAUAAUCUUCUGGUCUCUGGGUUACCUGAUAAUGAUUUAUCUAAACACAAAAACCCGAGUGAAACAGGACAUGGUGUGACAGCAUUAACACCUCUUCAGGCUGGUAAAUACUCCACGAGAAGCGAGAACUUUUCUUCUUUUUGAGGCCACAAGAACAAAAUGACGUCAUUUUGCUCUUGCAGAUGUGAACGGGGACAGUUCUCCACACGUCAGCCGAGCAGAACUUUCUUCUUGUGGGGCUCUGAGAAAUGUUGUGUGAUUGGUCGGACAUUUGAGGUGGGCGUGGUUAAGAAUGAAGCGGAGAAUUGUGACUUCCGCAUUUCCCCUAAUGAGCGGAUGAACGGAUAGUUUUAAUGAACAGCUGAUCGAGGUCGUGAGAAAAUAUGGAAAUAUAAACAACAUGGACACCACCGCGUUCACAACUCCGCCUCAGACGAAGUUUCUCGUUAAAGUGUCGCUCCACCCCAACUUUCUGCGUAACUCCAUCCACUGCCGAAUUUGAAAAAUGCCAGAAACUGCAGGGUUGGGGUGGGAGGUGUGGGGUAAUCGGGGGGCG